AUGCCUUUGGACAAGGCUAUGCCACUGAAGCAUUAUCUCCUUUUGCUGGUGGGCUGCCAAGCCUGGGGUGCAGCGUUGGCCUACCAUGGCUGCCCUAGCGAGUGUACCUGCUCCAGGGCCUCCCAGGUGGAGUGCACCGGGGCACGCAUUGUGGCAGUGCCCACCCCUCUGCCCUGGAACGCCAUGAGCCUGCAGAUCCUCAACACACACAUCACUGAACUCAAUGAGUCCCCGUUCCUCAAUAUCUCAGCCCUCAUCGCCCUGAGGAUUGAGAAGAAUGAGCUGUCGCGCAUCAUGCCUGGGGCCUUCCGAAACCUGGGCUCACUGCGCUAUCUCAGCCUCGCCAACAACAAGCUGCAGGUUCUGCCCAUCGGCCUCUUCCAGGGCCUGGACAGCCUCGAGUCACUCCUUCUGUCCAGUAACCAGCUGAUGCAGAUCCAGCCGGCCCACUUCUCCCAGUGCAGCAACCUCAAGGAGCUGCAGUUGCACGGCAACCACCUGGAAUACAUCCCCGACGGAGCCUUCGACCACCUGGUGGGACUCACGAAGCUCAAUCUGGGCAAGAAUAGUCUCACCCACAUCUCACCCAGGGUCUUCCAGCACCUGGGCAACCUCCAGGUCCUCCGGCUGUAUGAGAACAGGCUCACGGACAUCCCCAUGGGCACUUUUGAUGGGCUUGUCAACCUGCAGGAACUGGCUCUGCAGCAGAACCAGAUUGGACUGCUCUCUCCUGGUCUCUUCCACAACAACCACAACCUCCAGAGACUCUACCUGUCCAACAACCACAUCUCCCAGCUGCCACCCAGCAUCUUCAUGCAGCUGCCCCAGCUCAACCGUCUUACUCUCUUUGGGAAUUCCCUGAAGGAGCUUUCUCCAGGGGUCUUUGGGCCCAUGCCCAACCUGCGGGAGCUUUGGCUCUAUGACAACCACAUCACUUCUCUACCCGACAAUGUCUUCAGCAACCUCCGCCAGUUGCAGGUCCUGAUUCUUAGCCGCAAUCAGAUCAGCUUCAUCUCCCCGGGUGCCUUCAACGGGCUAACGGAGCUUCGGGAGCUGUCCCUCCACACCAACGCACUGCAGGACCUGGACGGGAACGUCUUCCGCAUGUUGGCCAACCUGCAGAACGUCUCCCUGCAGAACAACCGCCUCAGACAGCUGCCGGGGAAUAUCUUCGCCAAUGUCAAUGGCCUCAUGACCAUCCAGCUGCAGAACAACCAGCUGGAGAACUUGCCCCUCGGCAUCUUCGAUCACCUGGGGAAACUGUGUGAGUUGCGGCUGUAUGACAAUCCCUGGAGAUGUGACUCAGACAUCCUUCCUCUCCGCAACUGGCUCCUGCUCAACCACCCUAGGUUAGGGACGGACACCGUACCUGUGUGUUUCAGCCCAGCCAAUGUCCGAGGCCAGUCCCUCAUUAUCGUCAACGUCAACGUUGCUGUUCCGAGUGUCCAUGUCCCCAAGGUGCCUAGUUACCCAGAAACGCCAUGGUACCCAGACACACCCAGUUACCCUGACACCACAUCCAUCUCUUCUACUACGGAGCUAACUAGCCCUGUGGAAGACUACACUGAUCUGACUACCAUUCAGGUCACUGAGGACCGCAGCAUUUGGGGCAUGACCCAGGCCCAGAGCGGGCUGGCCAUUGCCGCCAUUGUAAUUGGCAUUGUCGCCCUGGCCUGCUCCCUGGCUGCCUGCAUUGGCUGUUGCUGCUGCAAGAAGAGGAGCCAGGCCGUCCUGAUGCAGAUGAAGGCACCCAAUGAGUGUUAA